AUGAGAUUGACUAACAUUGUCUUUCUUUGUGCCGCCUCGGCCGGAGCUGGCGCUUUUGCGCAAGCAGACGAGGUCGAUGUGCUCAUUGUAGGGGGAGGUGCCACGGGGGCUUAUGCAGCUGUCCGAAUCCGUGAGGACUUUAACAAGACUGUCUUGGUCGUCGAGAAGACAAAUCGAAUGGGCGGCCACGUUCACACAUACUCUUCGGGCAAUGAUCGCCCGGUCAACUAUGGCGUUCAAGCAUACCUGAAUCGUCAGACAACUGCAGACUUCUUCAAGCGUUUCGAUAUGGACCUUAUCAACCCUGACCUAACUGACUAUAUCGAACUCUUGUUGUUAACUAAGAACGUUGACUUUGAAUCUGGAACUUCAGUUGAUGUUGACUAUGGCCCAGUCGACCCGCUUGGAAUACCAAUUGCGUUUCUUAGGUACCUGGCGCUGGCCAUUGAGUACCAGCCGUGGUUCGAGAAUGGGUAUUUCAAGACUGGCGAUGUCCCUGGGGAUCUACUAUUACCCUUCGGCGAAUUUCUAGAGAAGCACGACCUUGGAGCUUCCCUUGGCAUUCUUCGAAAUCUACUCUGGCUCUCCGACGCGCUCAACACUCCCACAUGGUUUGUUAUGUCCGUUGCCGGCAAACCACAGAUUGCUGCCUUCGGUCUCGGGAUCACCGGCCCGUCGUUUAAGUGGCCGGAGACGUACUCAUCGGAAACACUGUUCGACCGAGUCCUCACCUUUCUAGGUGACGAUGUCCUGCUGCAAUCUACCAUUGCCUCAAGCCAACGCACUGAUGGUGGUGUUAUUGCCACGAUCCAAACACCUACCGGGCAAAGGACGGUGCAAGCCAAGAGAAUUCUAUUUGCCGCAACCCCGUCUCCUGAUAAUACCGCACCUUGGGACCUGGACGAAAACGAGACAACGCUCUUCAACAAAUUCUCGUGGGAGACACUCUAUGUCGGCGUCGUAAACGGCACGGGUCUCCCUACAGACGUCACCGGAAUCCGCAACUCCCCUGACAACUCCUCAGCUUUCUACCUUCCCGAAGGCUCUUUCUGCGACGCCUUUGACCGCCAGGGAGACCGCGACCUCUGGAGCACACGAAUCAUCGGAGAAGCUGGGCUCUCAGCCAAGGACGCUGAGACACUCAUCAUACAGUCGCUCACCAACAUCGACCAGGCAGGCACAUACGACAUUGCAACACCAGCGGUGGUGGCUUUCGCUAAUCAUGGCUCCACGGUGCCCAAGGUAUCCCCCGAGGAGCUCUCAGCGGGCUUCUUCAACAAGUUGUAUGCUCUGCAGGGACAACGCAGCACAUAUUGGACCGGCCUUGCUUGGGCGCCUGAUUAUACUCCCAUUCUUUGUAAGCAUCACUUUUCACCUUUUACGAAUUCCCGUCUUUCAUGUUUUGGAAUGUUCUAG